UCUUAGUAUAGGAAGUAUCAAAUUUAUUUUUCAUUUGAAAACUAUUUAAAAACGCGAAGCAUAAUUGUAUAUGCGUUUGCAUUCCGGAGACGGACACGGCAAGACAGCCAUUGAAGCACCCUUUACACUGUUAGCGACAUACUGAGAUGAAGCAUUCUAUUUGUCUUGCGUUUGGACUGACAGUUAUAUGUGUAGCUGGAUUGUCGCAUGGGUCAGUUAUCUCCGAUCUCAUCGAUUUCAAAGACGAUCCUCUUCAAGAACAUGACAGUGCAGCAAAAGAUGAGGAAUUUGGUUCCAGGAAGAAGCGCGCUAUUGGUGCAGUAACUGCUACACUGAUUUCCGCGGGUAUAGCAGCAGGCACAAGCCUCAUAGGAACAACGACAAGUGCUCUUCAGGCGCAAACUGGCUUCGUCGUAACGGUUGGAAUUGAAAUGGAGAACUAUUCAAAAUGGUUAUUGGCAGACCCGCGUGCUAGAAACCAUUGGGGGCAAAUAGCUGUCCCGCCAACUUCAGUGAAACCUCGGACGAAGGAAACCAUGAUCGCUCACAAGACUGGCCAUCUCGCGACCGGAACCUCAGGUGUCGCAUCAUGGAGAUUUGCAAAAGGAGGCCGCGCCUAUAGAAUAAUAGUUAUGUGGUCUGUCCCCUACAACCAAGAUCACUAUAGCAACUGGCUAGGGCUUGGCAUCCGCCCCGAACAAUCCACCGACCCGGCCUUCAAUGACAUGUAUUACCGUACUGACGAUUCCUGGUUUGUUAAAAAGGAUUUUUAUCACAACACCAACACGCUCAAGUUUUGCAAGUUUGGCGUAUGUGUGUCUGGUGCCAUGGGAACGACUCAUAAGCCAAGAGUGAUUGUGAGGUUCAUACCCCAGAGCAUUGACGAUCUCGCCAUCGGUUUAAAGGAUAUGAUUGAUGGCUAAAAUGAUGUGGACACAUGGAACACUAUAUGACAUCUUUAGGUGGAAGAACUCAGAAAUUUAUAUAUCUUUUUAUAAUGAUGAGAUUUGAACGUUUUUCAUUUGAGAAAAUAAAAAUUGAAUGAUACUGAGGAAGUUCAUUACCAUACUGUCAUUUCAAUAUUAUAUCAUACAGGGUGACACGGAAGUGCCACCCAAAUAAUUGUGCAAGACUUUUUUCUCUGCAUGGUUUCCGGCUUAUUCUUUAGCACAUUAAGACUGGACUCUAUACCCUUUGCAUUCGUUCGACUUUGCUUCUCAAAUCUGAGAGCUUCGUCUUCUUAUAACUAGACUCUGCGCGCAGGGUAGGACUUCAUGGAGCACUGGAUGCACUUUUAAUUUUCUAUCACGUUCUUAUACUGUAUUAUACUGGUACUUAUGUAUGUAGUUGAUGGGAGGGGGAUAUAUUGUACGAGCAAAGGAUUGAAUUUACAAUUACAAUUUGUGUUUUUUAAUAGUAUAGUUUCUAUAUCCAAUAAAGUACCUGAAUAAAGCUGAAAUAAUAGGCGCGACCCUUGUC